AGGAAGUCACCAGCUGAGCCGGGACAGGUCGCCUGGCUGCGGACACAGGCGUGAGACUCACCGCUGUCUUUCCACAGAAAAAAGUGAAGAAACCCAGCAUUGUGACGGGAUUUUGGUGUGGAUCUGUAGACGGAAACACUGCUGUUUCUUCUGACAUUUGUUGUAAAGGAUCAGCAGUGAAGAUGCCUCUGAUACCAGUUGUACCAGAGAACCACAGUCAUGUCCUGGCAGAGUUUGACUGCCUCGAUCCGCUUCUGUCUGCUCUCCGUUUAGACUCUGGCAGGCUAAAGAAAAUGUUGAUGUCAAGGGUCAUCUCUGCACCGGUAUCUCUUGUACAACGCUUUGUGUUAUCCGGUCGUACCACAUCAAGACCCCCCCGCAAGCGCCAGGUCAAAACCUUAUCAGACGGCACCAAAGCAGGUGUCUCCUGGGAGCACAGGGGUCAGACCAUCACAUCCCUCUGCUGGGACACAAGCACACUCAGAGUGUUCGUCGGGGACGCGGGAGGCAAGGUGUCCUUUCUGCGUGCGGGGUCCUCCAAGCUGGGCAAGGGGUCAACAUUCGUUAUCUUCCCUGUUCAGACCGUCACCACUGUGGACUCCAGAGUGGUUCAGCUCGGCUACCAAGAUGGCCGCCUGCUGGUGUCUUCCUUGAGCCGCUGCUACCUCUGUGACACAGAUAGAGAGAAGUUUUGGCGUGUUGGAUCUAAGGAGCGUGAUGGAGAGUAUGGAGCGUGUUUCUACCCUCAGAACAGGGGCUUAUUGGUUGGACAGCCCCCCCUGCUGUACUCCGCCCGGCCGGGGUCUCGAAUAUGGGAGGCCAGCUUCAAUGGAGAGGUUCUGAGCACCCAUCAGUUCAAACAGCCCCUGGCCUGUCCUCCUCUCCCUCUCAUCACCUACAGAGAUGAGCCACAUUACAACCCAGCACAGAAGAGCCCGCAGUCAAUCGCCUUCACUAAACUGCUUUACUUUGGAGACCAGAACUUGCUGACCUGGACUGACUCGGCAAUUUAUAUCUUCACACCUCAGAACGGACAAGUGCUUCUGUGGACUGAAGUCAAAGGUGUGCUUAUCCUGCUUCCUCCUCAAAUACCACCAACAAUCCUUUGGAGUGGGGAAGCAAAUGUUGAAUUCAUGAACUGUUGUGUUGUGUGGAAGUAGGACCAAAAGUCAUUAUUAGAUCUGUAUUUGAUCUGUUUUAUUUGUUAGUGUGAUGAUCAGCAUUAUGAGAUAUUUGUAACGUUGGUUGAUUGUUAUGCGUGUACUUGCCCAGUGACAGCAGAUGGAAAUGAGUUUUUAGCUUUAAUCUGGCAUAUAGCAUCUCUUCUCUUUUUUAGAUUAAUG